AUGGCCACACUGUGUAUUAUACCCGAUAAUACACACUUCAGCAGUAAAAGCGAAAAGGACAUUGUCACCAUCAAUUCCAAUUCCUGUGCCCUUGCUGCCAACAUCAACACCUCUGGCAGCAGUAGCGCCAGCACCUCGAGCAGCAGCAGUGAACCACCCAAAGUCAGCAAAUUCUUUAGCAACAGCUCCAAUUACCAGAGUAAAAUCCAACAGCUAAUCAGUUUCAGUUUCACCUCAUCGAAUUUUAUUUUUAUCACCUUUAUACUGAGCAUCAGUAAGCUAUGUACCACCGCUGCCGCUGAUCCUGCGCAAGCUGGGGCUGCCCAUCAACCAGCGCCCUCCGCUGGCGCCCCACCCGGUUUCCUGAUGAACAAUUUCAGUAGUUCAGCGAUAUUGGAAAAAUUAAAUUCAUUUCGUACGAGUACAUUGGGACCGCCCACGAAUGCGGUUAAAGGUAAAGAUGCCGGACCAACGGUUCUGCGCAGUAAUAAAACCAAUAGAGGUAGUUUGAACGUAACAUCAACGCCGUCGUCGUCCGUAAUUUCUUCGUCCAAAUCAUCAUCAGCAUCAUCGACAACAUCAUCACCCUUAGAUUUGAAUUUCAAUUCAUCCGAAUCAUCAUCUUUGUUGAAUAUUUUUGGUAGUAAUGGUGGCAUCAUAGAUGGCGGUAGUCCGUCCAUAUUAUUUUUGAAUAUAUCGGGAAAAGUUGGUACACCAUUGGGUAUAG